AUGGGGUUGGCGUACAACACGUACUUGAACAGCAACAAGGUCUAUGGCUGCAAAACAUGCAAGGCGCAUCUGUCGAACCAUGAAGAUAUCAUAAGCCGGAAUUUCCGAGGCCAGCAUGGCAAAGCAUACCUAUUCAACAGCGUCGUCAACAUCGAGACAGGCGAGCCCAGCGAACGAAACAUGACGACUGGACGACACAUCGUACGCGAUAUCACCUGCAAGCAGUGCAAGGAGACCGUUGGCUGGAAGUACGAUAAAGCAUACGAGGCUACGGAGAAGUACAAGGAGGGCAAGUUUAUACUUGAGGCUGAGCUUCUUUGCAACGUCACCUAG